AUGGACGACCUGCGGGUGCUGUGGAUGCGCGACCGCGUGUAUGCGGCUUUCGGCAUCACCGAUCCCCAGCUUUUCGAGGACCUGCUCAACCGCGACGACGGCCAGGGCGAGGACCUCAUCCUGCACUUCCUCAACCAGGCGAGCGAGGAGGAGGGCUCCUCGGCGCUCUUCAUCUACCGCACGAUGGUGCCGGAGGAGGUGGAGGUGGAGAUUGAUGAGAUACCUGUCCUGUCUGCAGAGGAAGAAGAGGAAGAAGAGAUUUAUUCUCAAAAAGUGGAGUCCAUGGAUAAAGGACGAGGUCCUAAGCAUGUGUCCACGAGAACCGAAUCUCUAGGUCAACCUAAUCGACGUAGAGAUGAAGAAAUGCACAAAGAGAUUUCAGAAAAAUCUCCCUUCCCAAAAAUUGUGAAGCACAUCGUGGAAAAAAUGCGUCUCCACAUGCUCUGUGCCCCUCUUCCCAUGGAGUUCCUGGACCAAAACGUGGUGUUUUUUCUCAGAAAUACCAAAGAGGCAAUCUCUGAAGCUACCGACAUGAAGGAAGCUAUGGAAAUUAUGCCGGAAACACUGGAGUAUGGAAUUAUAAAUGCUAAUGUGCUCCAUUUUCUGAAGGAUAUUAUGUGUCAGGUUUUUUUGCCAGCAUUGUCCUUCAAUCAGCACAGGACAAGUACAACUGUGGGAGUUACAUCUGGAGAAGGCUUUGAUUUCUCUGAGUACGAAUCAGACCUGCCGCCCAUGCCUGGGGAGACAGUAGAAUAUCACAGUAUUCAAUUAAUACGGGAUGAAUUUUUAAUGAAUGUGCAGAAAUUUGCAAGUAAUAUUCAAAGAACCAUGCAGCAACUUGAAGGUGAGAUCAAGUUAGAAAUGCCAACCAUCAGUGUGGAGGGAGAGGUGUCCGACCUGGCAGCUGACCCGGAAACUGUUGACAUCUUGGAGCAGUGUGUGAUAAACUGGCUGAACCAGAUAUCCAUAGCGGUUGAGGGCCAACUGAAGAAGACACCUCAGGGUAAAGGCCCUCUGGCUGAAAUUGAAUUCUGGAGGGAAAGAAAUGCAACUUUAAGUGCUCUGCAUGAACAAACAAAGCUUCCAAUAGUCAGAAAAGUCUUGGAUGUGAUCAAGGAAUCCGACUCCAUGCUUGUGGCUAACCUGCAGCCAGUGUUCACCGAGUUAUUCAAGCUCCACACGGAGGCUUCAGACAAUGUGCGCUUUCUGUCCACCGUGGAGCGUUAUUUCAAGAACAUAACGCAUGGGUCUGGCUUCCACGUGGUCCUGGACACCAUCCCCGCCAUGAUGAGUGCCCUGCGGAUGGUGUGGAUCAUCUCCCGACACUACAACAAAGACGAGAGGAUGAUUCCGCUCAUGGAGCGCAUCGCCUGGGAAAUCGCCGAGAGAGUCUGUCGAGUGGUCAACCUGCGGACUUUGUUCAAAGAAAAUCGAGCGAGUGCCCAAAACAAAACCCUGGACGCCAGGAACACCCUCAAGCUGUGGAAAAAGGCCUAUUUUGACACCCGGGCCAAGAUAGAGGCCUCGGGGAGGGAAGCUCGGUGGGAGUUUGACCGGAAGCGGCUGUUCGAGAGGACGGAUUACAUGGCCACCAUCUGCCAGGACCUGUCCGACAUUCUGCAGGUUUUGGAGGAAUUUUAUAACAUAUUUGGUCCAGAACUAAAGGCAGUGACGGGGGACCCCAAACGCAUUGACGAUGUCCUGUGCAGGGUGGACGGCCUGGUCACCCCCAUGGAAAACCUGACCUUUGACCCCUUCAGCAUCAAGUCCUCCCAGUUCUGGAAAUAUGUGAUGGAUGAAUUCAAGAUUGAAGUUCUGAUUGACAUCAUUAAUAAAAUCUUUGUCCAGAACCUUGAAAAUCCACCACUGUAUAAGAACCACCCUCCAGUAGCAGGUGCGAUAUACUGGGAACGAUCUCUGUUCUUUCGGAUUAAGCACACCAUCCUCCGAUUUCAAGAGGUACAGGAGAUACUGGACAGCGAUCGAGGACAGGAGGUCAAACAAAAAUAUUUGGAAGUGGGUAAGACGAUGAAGGAGUAUGAAGACAGGAAGUACGAGCAGUGGAUGGAAGCGACGGAGCAGGUGCUGCCGGCCCUCAUGAAGAAGAGCCUUUUGACCAAGUCUUCCACCGCUGCGGAGGAGCCUUUGACUUCAGAAAGGGGAGCUGUUUUUGCAAUCAACUUUUCACCUGCUCUCAGGGAGAUUAUUAAUGAAACGAAGUACUUAGAGCAGCUGGGGUUCACUGUCCCUGAAUUAGCAAGAAAUGUUGCGCUCCAGGAAGACAAAUUCCUUAGGUACACAGAUGGGAUACAGCGCAUGUUGGAUCAUUAUCACACGCUCAUAGGAACGUUAAACGAGGCAGAGUCCGUGCUUCUCAACGACCAUUCCCAGGAGCUACUCCGAGUGUUUCGGUCUGGAUAUAAGAGGUUGAACUGGAACUCACUGGGUAUUGGUGACUAUAUAACUGGUUGCAAACAGGCCAUUGGGAAAUUUGAGUCUCUCGUCCACCAGAUUCAUAAGAAUGCAGAUGACAUUUCUUCCAGGCUGACAUUAAUAGAGGCCAUAAAUCUCUUUAAAUAUCCAGCUGCUAAAAGCGAGGAAGAACUCCCAGGUGUGAAGGAAUUUUUUGAACACAUUGAGCGAGAAAGGGCCAGAGACGUGGACCACAUGGUCCGGUGGUAUCUUGCCAUUGGACCGCUGCUGACUAAAGUUGAGGGCCUGGUCGUCCACACCAACACAGGCAAGGCCCCCAGGCUGGCCUCCUACUACGAAUACUGGGAAAAGAAAAUUUAUGAGGUCCUGACAAAGCUCAUUCUGAAGAAUUUGCAGUCUUUUAAUUCUUUGAUCCUUGGAAAUGUCCCUCUGUUCCAAACUGAAACCAUUCUGACGGCGCCUGAGAUCAUCCUUCAUCCCAACACAAAUGAGAUCGACAAGAUGUGCUUCCAUUGUGUCCGGAAUUGUGUGGAGAUCACCAAGCAUUUUGUUCGUUGGAUGAAUGGCAGCUGCAUAGAAUGCCCCCCUCAGAAGGGGGAGGAAGAAGAAGUUGUUAUAAUAAACUUUUACAAUGAUAUCUCUCUGAACCCUCAGAUAAUUGAACAAGCUGUUAUGAUCCCCCAAAAUGUCCACAGGAUUCUGAUCAAUCUUAUGAAGUAUCUACAAAAAUGGAAGCGGUAUCGACCUCUCUGGAAAUUGGACAAAGCUAUUGUGAUGGAGAAAUUUGCCUCCAAGAAACCUCCUUGUGUAGCAUAUGAUGAAAAAUUGCAGUUCUAUUCCAAGAUAGCCUAUGAGGUUAUGCGCCACCCUCUAAUUAAGGAUGAGCAUUGCAUCAGACUUCAGCUAGGGCAUCUGGCAAACACAGUGCAGGAAAAUGCCAAGUCCUGGGUGAUUUCGCUUGGAAAACUUCUCAAUGAGUCAGCAAAAGAGGAGCUCUAUAGUCUCCAUGAAGAGAUGGAGCACCUGGCCAAAAGCCUUAGGAAGAUCCCCAAUACCCUUGAAGAUCUCAAGUUUGUCCUUGCAACAAUUGCAGAAAUUAGAAGUAAAUCUCUAGUCAUGGAAUUAAGAUACAGGGACGUCCAGGAGCGAUACCGUACCAUGGCAAUGUAUAACCUCUUUCCUCCUGAUGCAGAGAAAGAACUGGCUGAUAAGAUUGAGAGCACGUGGUCCAAUCUGUUUAAUGAUUCGGUGAAUGUGGAGCAUGCUCUUGGGGACAUAAAGAGAACUUUCACAGAGAUUACUCGAGGCGAAAUAAUGAACUACAGAGUUCAGAUAGAGGAUUUUGCAAAGCGUUUUUACAGUGAAGGCCCUGGUUCUGUUGGUGAUGAUCUUGAUAAAGGAGUAGAGCUUUUAGGUGUUUUUGAAAGAGAGCUGGCAAGACAUGAAAAGAGCCGUCAGGAACUGGCUAACGCUGAGAAACUUUUCGAUCUUCCUAUUACCAUGUACCCAGAGCUGCUGAAAGUGCAGAAGGAAAUGAGUGGGCUGAGGAUGAUUUACGAGCUCUACGAAGGACUAAAGGUUGCAAAAGAAGAAUGGUCUCAGACCCUUUGGAUCAAUCUGAAUGUGCAGAUUCUCCAGGAAGGAAUUGAAGGUUUUCUCAGGGCUCUCAGAAAGCUACCUCGGUCAGUCCGUGGCUUAUCAGUGGCCUACUACCUGGAAGCGAAAAUGAAGGCAUUCAAAGACUCAAUUCCUUUACUUCUUGACUUGAAACAUGAGGCACUAAGAGACAGGCAUUGGAAAGAACUUAUGGAAAAAACGUCUGUCUUUUUUGAAAUGACCGAAACGUUCACCCUAGAAAAUAUGUUUGCUAUGGAACUGCACAAACAUACGGAUGUUCUCAAUGAGAUUGUCACAGCAGCAAUCAAGGAGGUUGCCAUUGAGAAGGCUGUGAAGGAAAUCCUAGACACGUGGGAAAAUAUGAAAUUCACUGUAGUCAAGUAUUACAAAGGCACACAGGAGCGAGGCUACAUCCUGGGUUCUGUUGACGAAAUUAUUCAGUCUCUUGAUGACAACACUUUCAACCUGCAGAGCAUCUCAGGAAGCAGAUUUGUGGGGCCUUUUCUGCAAACUGUUCACAAAUGGGAAAAAACGCUUUCUCUAAUAGGAGAAGUCAUUGAGAUUUGGAUGUUGGUUCAGAGAAAAUGGAUGUAUCUUGAAAGUAUUUUUAUUGGUGGAGAUAUAAGAUCACAACUCCCGGAAGAGGCAAAAAAGUUUGACAACAUCGAUAGAGUAUUUAAAAGGAUCAUGGGCGAGACCUUAAAAGACCCCGUGAUCAAGAGGUGCUGUGAAGCCCCAAACCGCCUCAGUGACCUACAGAAUGUCAGUGAGGGCCUGGAGAAAUGCCAGAAAAGCCUCAACGACUACUUAGAUUCGAAGAGAAACGCCUUCCCGAGGUUCUUCUUCAUUUCUGACGAUGAGCUGCUCAGCAUUCUGGGGAGCAGUGACCCACUCUGCGUCCAGGAGCACAUGAUCAAGAUGUACGACAACAUAGCAUUGCUGCGGUUUAACGAUGGCGAUAGUGGAGAAAAACUGGUGUCCGCGAUGAUUUCAGCGGAAGGAGAAGUCAUGGAGCUUCGGAAGAUCGUGCGGGCCGAAGGGCGCGUGGAGGACUGGAUGACGGCAGUUUUGAAUGAAAUGAGAAGAACUAAUAGACUAAUUACCAAAGAGGCUAUUUUUAGAUACUGUGAAGACAGAAGCAGAGUCGACUGGAUGCUCCUGUACCAGGGCAUGGUGGUGCUGGCUGCCAGCCAGGUGUGGUGGACCUGGGAGGUGGAAGACGUCUUCCACAAAGUGCAAAAAGGGGAGAAGCAGGCCAUGAAGAACUACGGCAGGAAAAUGCACCGACAGAUCGAUGAGUUGGUAACGCGCAUCACCAUGCCCCUGAGCAAAAACGACAGGAAAAAAUACAACACCGUUCUCAUCAUUGACGUGCACGCCAGAGACAUAGUUGAUUCUUUCAUAAGAGGCAGCAUCCUGGAGGCCCGAGAGUUUGAAUGGGAAAGUCAGUUGCGGUUUUAUUGGGACCGGGAGCCGGAUGAGCUGAACAUCCGCCAGUGCACGGGAACCUUUGGCUACGGAUACGAGUACAUGGGUCUGAACGGCAGGCUGGUCAUCACGCCCCUCACCGACCGGAUUUACCUGACGCUCACCCAGGCACUGUCCAUGUAUCUGGGUGGGGCCCCUGCUGGCCCAGCAGGUACUGGCAAAACCGAGACCACCAAGGACCUGGCGAAAGCCUUGGGUUUGCUCUGCAUUGUCACCAACUGUGGUGAAGGCAUGGAUUACAAGGCCGUGGGGAAGAUUUUCUCUGGCCUGGCCCAGUGCGGGGCUUGGGGCUGCUUUGAUGAGUUUAAUCGAAUCGAUGCUUCUGUGCUCUCCGUGAUCUCCUCUCAGAUUCAGACGAUCCGAAACGCUCUGAUCCAUCAGUUAACCACAUUCCAGUUUGAAGGGCAGGAGAUUUCCCUGGACUCCCGCAUGGGCAUCUUCAUCACCAUGAACCCCGGCUACGCGGGCCGCACGGAGCUGCCCGAGUCAGUGAAGGCGCUGUUCAGGCCCGUGGUCGUGAUCGUGCCCGACCUGCAGCAGAUCUGCGAGAUCAUGCUCUUCUCCGAGGGCUUCCUGGGGGCCAAGACUCUGGCAAAAAAGAUGACAGUUCUGUAUAAGCUGGCCCGGGAGCAGCUGUCCAAGCAGUAUCACUAUGAUUUUGGACUCAGAGCCCUGAAAUCGGUGCUGGUCAUGGCUGGUGAGCUGAAGAGAGGCUCCUCUGACCUUAGGGAGGACGUGGUGCUGAUGAGGGCCCUGCGAGACAUGAACCUGCCCAAGUUUGUGUUUGAAGAUGUUCCUCUUUUCCUUGGUUUGAUUUCGGAUCUGUUUCCUGGGCUGGACUGCCCUCGCGUCCGCUACCCUGACUUCAAUGAUGCGGUAGAGCAGGUCCUGGAGGAGAAUGGCUACACGGUCCUACCCGUCCAGGUGGAUAAAGUGGUUCAAAUGUUCGAGACCAUGUUAACCCGCCACACGACGAUGGUGGUGGGACCCACCAGAGGGGGCAAGUCCGUCGUCAUUAACACUCUGUGUCAGGCCCAGACCAAGCACUAUGGUGAGAAGUGCCCUGUCUGCUUGAUCCAUGAAGUCAACACAGAGCCGAUGUUGUUCUGCAGGCUUGGGCUGAUGACAAAGUUGUAUAUCCUGAACCCCAAAGCCGUGAGUGUCAUAGAACUCUAUGGCAUCCUGGACCCAACCACCCGAGACUGGACGGAUGGGGUGUUGUCAAACAUCUUCAGGGAAAUCAACAGGCCAACGGAUAAGAAGGAGCGAAAGUAUAUUUUAUUUGAUGGUGAUGUGGAUGCUCUGUGGGUGGAAAACAUGAAUUCUGUGAUGGAUGACAACAAGUUGUUGACAUUGGCCAAUGGGGAACGCAUCCGGCUCCAAGCACACUGUGCCCUGCUCUUUGAGGUUGGAGAUUUACAGUAUGCCUCCCCUGCAACUGUCUCUCGAUGUGGAAUGGUUUAUGUGGAUCCUAAAAACUUGAAAUAUAGACCUUACUGGGAAAAAUGGGUUAAUCAAAUACCAAACAAGGUGGAACAAUACAAUUUGAAUAGUCUCUUUGAGAAAUAUGUGCCCUAUCUCGUGGAUGUGAUAGUGGAAGGGAUAGUGGAUGGAAGACAAACAGAGAAGCUGAAGACAAUAGUUCCUCAGACAGACCUCAAUAUGGUAACCCAGUUAGCCAAGAUGUUGGAUGCGUUACUAGAAGGAGAAAUAGAGGACCUCGACCUGCUGGAGUGCUACUUCCUGGAGGCUCUAUACUGCUCUCUGGGAGCCUCCCUGCUUGAGGAUGGAAGGACGAAAUUUGAUGAAUAUAUCAAACGCCUUGCUUCUUUGUCUACUGUUGACACAGAAGGAGUUUGGGCCAACCCUGGGGAACUGCCAGGUCAACUUCCAACCUUGUAUGACUUUCAUUUUGAUGACAAACGGAAUCAGUGGGUCCCAUGGAGUAAAUUAGUUCCAGAGUAUAUUCAUGCCCCCGAGAGGAAAUUUAUCGACAUCCUGGUUCACACAGUGGAUACCACUCGGUCUACCUGGAUAUUGGAACAAAUGGUUAAAAUUAAGCAACCUAUUAUUUUUGUUGGUGAAUCUGGCACUUCUAAGACAGCCACUACCCAGAAUUUCCUCAAAAAUCUGAGUGAAGAAACUAACAUUGUGUUAAUGGUCAACUUCUCCUCCCGCACCACGUCCAUGGAUAUCCAAAGAAAUUUAGAAGCAAAUGUGGAAAAGCGAACCAAAGAUACUUACGGCCCGCCCAUGGGAAAACGCCUGCUGGUGUUCAUGGAUGACAUGAAUAUGCCAAGGGUGGAUGAAUACGGCACGCAGCAGCCAAUUGCCUUGCUGAAGCUGCUGUUGGAAAAAGGCUACUUAUAUGACCGUGGGAAGGAGCUGAACUGUAAAAGCAUUCGAGACCUUGGCUUUAUCGCUGCAAUGGGAAAAGCCGGAGGAGGCCGCAAUGAAGUUGACCCGAGAUUUAUUUCACUAUUCAGUGUCUUCAACGUGCCGUUUCCUUCAGAGGAGUCUCUGCAUUUAAUUUAUUCCUCCAUCCUGAAAGGCCAUACCUCGACGUUUCAUGAAAGCAUUGUGGCUGUGAGUGGCAAGCUGACAUUCUGCACGCUAGCACUUUACAAAAUUAUUGUGCAAGACCUACCUCCCACUCCGUCGAAGUUCCAUUACAUCUUCAACCUUCGAGAUCUCUCACGGGUUUUUAAUGGUCUUGUCCUCACUAACCCGGAGCGAUUCCAGACGGUGGCCCAGAUGGUGAGAGUCUGGAGGAAUGAAUGUCUGAGAGUCUUCCACGACCGGCUGAUCAGUGAAACAGACAAGCAGCUGGUACAACAGCACUUAGGUGAUUUGGUUACGGAACAUUUUAACGAUGACGUGGAGGUGGUGAUGAGGGAUCCCAUAUUGUUUGGAGACUUCCGGAUGGCUCUGCACGAGGGAGAACCACGCAUUUAUGAAGACAUCCAGGACUACGAGGCGGCCAAGGCUCUGUUCCAGGAAAUUCUUGAAGAGUAUAAUGAAAGCAACACCAAAAUGAACUUGGUUCUCUUCGACGACGCUCUGGAGCAUUUAACCCGGGUGCACCGUAUCAUCCGCAUGGACCGCGGCCACGCCCUGCUGGUCGGGGUCGGGGGCUCGGGGAAGCAGUCUCUUUCGAGGCUGGCUGCUUUCACAGCCGGCUGUGAGGUAUUUGAGAUCCUGCUGAGCCGAGGCUACUCGGAGAACAAUUUCCGGGAAGACCUGAAGAGCCUCUAUUUGAAACUCGGGAUCGAGAACAAAGCGAUGAUCUUUCUGUUCACGGAUGCCCAUGUGGCCGAGGAAGGCUUCCUGGAGCUCAUCAACAACAUGCUGACCUCAGGAAUUGUACCUGCGCUUUUCCCUGAAGAGGAGAAGGAGUCUAUCCUGAGUCAGAUUGGACAGGAAGCUCUGAAGCAAGGCAUGGGGCCGGCCAAGGAGUCCGUGUGGCAGUACUUCGUGAACAAAAGUGCAAAUAACCUGCACAUUGUCCUGGGCAUGUCGCCAGUGGGGGACACCCUGAGGACCUGGUGCAGAAACUUCCCAGGUAUGGUAAAUAACACUGGUAUUGACUGGUUCAUGCCCUGGCCUCCCCAAGCCCUCCAUGCGGUUGCAAAGUCAUUUCUAGGGCGUAAUCCAAUGAUCCCGGCAGAAAAUAUAGAAAAUGUGGUAAAGCAUGUUGUUUUGGUUCACCAGUCCGUGGGUCACUACAGCAAACAGUUUCUACAGAAAUUGAGGCGCAGCAACUAUGUCACUCCCAAGAACUACCUUGAUUUUAUUCACACCUAUUCAAAAUUGCUGGAUGAGAAAACUCAGUAUAAUAUAGCUCAGUGCAAGCGUCUGGACGGGGGACUGGACAAGCUGAAGGAGGCCACCAUCCAGCUGGACGAGCUGAACCAGAAGCUGGCCGAGCAGAAGAUCGUGCUGGCCGAGAAGUCUGCCGCCUGCGAGGCCUUGCUGGAGGAGAUCGCCGUCAACACUGCUGUAGCUGAGGAGAAGAAGAAACUGGCGGAGGAAAAGGCCAUAGAGAUAGAGGAGCAGAACAAGGUCAUUGCCAUGGAGAAGGCUGAGGCCGAGACGACCCUGGAGGAGGUCAUGCCCAUCCUGGAGGCCGCGAAGCUGGAGCUGCAGAAGCUGGACAAGUCGGACGUGACUGAGAUUAGGUCGUUUGCUAAGCCCCCGAAGCAGGUGCAGACGGUCUGUGAAUGCAUCCUCAUCAUGAAGGGGUACAAAGAGCUCAACUGGAAAACCGCCAAGGGCAUGAUGUCCGACCCGAAUUUCCUGAGGUCUCUGAUGGAGAUCGAUUUUGAUUCGAUUACCCAGAGCCAAGUGAAAAACAUCAAAGGCCUCUUGAAGACUCUUAAUACCACGACUGAAGAAAUGGAAGCUGUCAGCAAAGCCGGGCUGGGGAUGCUGAAAUUUGUCGAAGCUGUAAUGGGCUACUGUGAUGUUUUCAGAGAGAUCAAGCCCAAAAGAGAGAAGGUGGCCAGGUUGGAGCGGAAUUUUUACCUCACUAAACGGGAACUGGAAAGGAUCCAGAAUGAGUUGGCAGCAAUUCAGAAAGAGCUGGAAACAUUGGGUGCCAAAUACGAGGCCGCCAUACUGGAAAAGCAGAAGCUGCAGGAGGAAGCCGAGAUCAUGGAGAGGCGGCUGAUUGCUGCAGACAAACUCAUCUCGGGUCUGGGGUCGGAAAACAUCAGGUGGCUGAAUGACCUGGAUGAGCUGAUGCACCGGCGCGUGAAGUUGCUGGGGGACUGCCUGCUCUGCGCGGCCUUCCUGAGCUACGAGGGAGCCUUCACCUGGGAGUUCCGUGACGAGAUGGUCAAUCGGAUUUGGCAAAACGACAUCCUGGAGCGGGAGAUUCCUCUGAGCCAGCCUUUCCGGCUGGAAAGCCUGCUCACGGAUGAUGUUGAGAUCAGCAGAUGGGGAUCCCAGGGCCUUCCCCCCGAUGAGCUGUCUGUUCAGAAUGGCAUCCUCACCACCCGGGCCAGCCGCUUCCCUCUCUGCAUCGACCCCCAGCAGCAGGCCCUCAACUGGAUCAAGAGAAAAGAGGAGAAGAACAAUCUGCGGGUCGCUUCCUUUAACGACCCUGACUUUCUCAAGCAGCUAGAGAUGUCCAUAAAGUACGGGACCCCUUUCCUGUUCCGCGAUGUUGAUGAAUACAUCGAUCCUGUGAUUGAUAACGUCUUAGAAAAAAAUAUAAAAGUCUCCCAAGGACGGCAGUUUAUUAUCCUGGGAGACAAGGAAGUUGACUAUGAUUCAAAUUUCAGACUGUACCUAAACACCAAGCUGGCCAAUCCCAGAUACUCCCCAUCCGUGUUUGGGAAAGCUAUGGUCAUCAAUUACACCGUCACGCUGAAGGGCCUGGAGGACCAGCUGCUGAGCGUGCUGGUGGCUUACGAGAGGCGGGAGUUGGAGGAGCAGCGGGAGCACCUCAUCCAGGAGACCAGCGAGAACAAGAACCUACUCAAGGACCUGGAAGAUUCCCUCCUUCGGGAGCUGGCCACGUCCACCGGGAACAUGCUGGACAAUGUGGACCUGGUGCACACCCUGGAGGAGACCAAAUCCAAGGCAACAGAGGUCUCAGAGAAACUCAAGCUGGCGGAGAAGACAGCCUUGGACAUCGACAGGCUGCGGGAUGGCUACCGGCCAGCAGCCAGGAGGGGGGCCAUCCUGUUCUUCGUGCUGUCUGAGAUGGCCCUGGUGAACUCCAUGUACCAGUACUCCCUGAUUGCCUUCUUAGAGGUCUUCGGGCUGUCACUGAAGAAGUCGCUGCCCGAUUCCAUUCUCAUGAAACGCCUGAGGAACAUCAUGGACACACUGACCUUCAACAUCUAUAACUACGGCUGCACGGGGCUGUUUGAGAGGCACAAGCUACUCUUUUCUUUUAAUAUGACCAUCAAGAUAGAACAAGCAGAAGGGAGAGUCCCUCAAGAAGAAUUAGAUUUCUUUCUAAAAGGAAACAUUUCCCUGGAGAAAAGCAGAAGAAAAAAGCCCUGCGCUUGGUUGUCUGACCAAGGAUGGGAAGAUAUCAUUCUUUUAUCAGAGAUGUUUUCAGACAGCUUUGGGCGACUUCCUGAUGAUGUUGAGAAUAACCAGACUGUCUGGCAGGAGUGGUAUGACCUGGAUUCACUGGAGCAGUUUCCAUUCCCCUUGGGUUACGACAACAACAUCACCCCUUUCCAGAAAUUGCUUAUUUUGCGCUGUUUCCGUGUGGAUCGGGUCUAUCGGGCAGUGACUGACUAUGUGACUGUAACAAUGGGAGAGAAGUAUGUACAGCCCCCAAUGAUCAGCUUUGAAGCUAUUUUUGAGCAGAGCACUCCAAAUUCGCCCAUUGUGUUUAUCCUGAGUCCUGGCUCUGACCCUGCCAGUGAUCUUAUGAAAUUAGCAGAGCGAAGUGGUUUUGGAGGAAAUCGCCUGAAAUUCCUUGCAAUGGGUCAAGGUCAAGAAAAGGUGGCCCUGCAGCUGCUGGAAACUGCGGUGGCUCGCGGGCAGUGGCUGAUGCUGCAGAACUGCCACCUCCUCGUCAAGUGGCUGAAAGAUCUGGAGAAGUCCUUGGAGAGGAUCAUCAAGCCCCACCCAGACUUCCGCCUGUGGCUCACCACGGACCCCACCAAGGGCUUCCCCAUUGGGAUUCUGCAGAAGUCCCUAAAGGUUGUCACUGAGCCGCCCAAUGGGCUGAAACUCAACAUGAGGGCAACUUACUUCAAGAUCUCUCACGAAAUGCUGGACCAGUGCCCGCACCCUGCCUUCAAGCCGCUGGUCUACGUGCUGGCAUUCUUUCAUGCUGUGGUGCAGGAGAGAAGGAAGUUUGGGAAGAUUGGCUGGAACGUGUACUAUGACUUCAAUGAGUCUGACUUCCAGGUCUGCAUGGAAAUUCUGAACACGUACUUAACGAAAGCCUUCCAGCAACGGGACCCGAGGAUCCCGUGGGGCAGCCUCAAGUACCUAAUUGGAGAGGUCAUGUAUGGGGGACGGGCCAUCGACAGCUUUGAUCGCCGCAUCCUGACCAUCUACAUGGAUGAGUACCUGGGGGACUUCAUUUUUGAUACUUUCCAGCCAUUCCACUUCUUCCGGAACAAGGAAGUGGACUACAAAAUCCCUGUUGGUGAUGAAAAGGAGAAAUUUGUUGAAGCCAUUGAGGCCCUCCCGCUUGCCAACACGCCAGAAGUGUUUGGUCUCCACUCCAACGCUGAGAUUGGCUAUUACACACAGGCGGCUCGAGACAUGUGGGCUCACCUGCUGGAGCUGCAGCCUCAGACAGGGGAAUCCAGCAGUGGCAUCAGCCGCGAUGAUUAUAUUGGCCAAGUGGCCAAAGACAUAGAAAACAAGAUGCCCAAAGUCUUUGACUUGGACCAAGUGAGGAAGCGCCUUGGAACAGGAAUCUCCCCCACUUCGGUGGUGCUCCUGCAGGAGCUGGAACGCUUCAACAAGCUUGUGGUCCGGAUGACCAAGUCUCUGGCUGAACUUCAAAGGGCCUUAGCUGGAGAAGUUGGAAUGAGCAAUGAGUUAGACGAUGUGGCCAGGUCUCUUUUUAUCGGGCAGAUCCCUAAUAUCUGGAGAAGGCUUGCUCCUGACACCUUAAAGUCUCUUGGAAACUGGAUGGUCUACUUCCUGCGGCGGUUCAGCCAGUACAUGUUGUGGGUCACCGAGGGUGAGCCCAGCGUGAUGUGGCUCUCGGGGCUGCACAUCCCUGAGUCCUACCUCACGGCGCUGGUGCAGGCCACCUGCCGGAAGAACGGCUGGCCGCUGGACCGCUCCACCUUGUUCACACAAGUGACCAAGUUCCGGGACGCAGAUGAAGUGAAUGAGCGGGCGGGACAAGGGUGCUUUGUCUCAGGACUGUACCUGGAGGGUGCUGACUGGGAUAUAGAAAAAGGAUGUCUUAUCAAGAGCAAACCCAAGGUGCUGGUUGUGGACCUGCCGAUCCUGAAGAUCAUCCCCAUUGAAGCCCAUCGCCUCAAGCUGCAGAAUACCUUCCGGACCCCCGUCUACACCACCUCCAUGAGAAGGAACGCCAUGGGAGUCGGCUUGGUGUUUGAAGCUGAUCUCUUUACCACGAGGCACAUUUCUCACUGGGUGCUGCAAGGAGUAUGCCUCACCCUGAAUUCUGAUUAACCUUUGGGUGAAGAAAACUGCUUAAUGAAUUCGGAGCCUCGGGCUGGUUGGGAAGAGUGAUCAGGUCUGCUGUCAUUUCUUGGGGCCUCUCAAGAGGCAGGAGGGGGACUGACACUGAUUUUUCAUUUGAAAUCAGCCAUUUAAAUCUCUUUCCAUACAAAUUAACCUGAAUGGUUUUAUUUUUAAUACUACUUUUUAAAAGGAAUUUAUAUGAUCACAAAGUAAAUCUUGGAGAGUAUUUUAA